CUCCACUCCCCGUGCGGAUGCUCUCCGUCCAGGUCCAGAGGCCACGCAUCCGGUCCCCUUCAAUAGGAAUUACUGCCCAGCUGUCCGGAGGCUACAGUGCAGGGCAUGGUAUUGAUUCUUCAAGUGCUCUGUGUGAAUUCCGUUUUAGGGUGGGAAGACGGUGCCCUAAAAUACUUCCUUGUUCUACAAAAGCGGUGAGGCCCUGCUCCACAGCCGCCGCCUGCAGGCCUCGCCCCAUCCAGCAGGGGGCAGCAGGGCCACUCCUGCUCCAGGUCUGCUUGCCAUGCUGUCUUUGUCCUGGCCCCUCACUCAGCAGUUGAGCUGGCAUCAGGGGCUCAUGACCCACUUUCAUGGGGGGUGGGGGAGGGCGGCAAGUGACUGUUUGGGGUCCAGGCCCUGUUCCGAAAGCCUCACAGGCAGCUUCUGUUUGGGGUCACAGCCAGCUCAGGGCCGCCUGCUGCCUCUGGGUUGGCCGGAGGCCGGGCCAAGCUUCUGCACCAAGGCCUCUGGGAGUCCCUGGGGGUCCCGGCCAGAGACCACCACUGCCCUCCAGGCCCAGGCCCCCAGGCAGCCCUCCCCCUCCCCCCACUGUCCUCUUGGACUGGGCAGGUCUGGGCUGGACUGCAGGAGGGACAGUCAGAUGGAGGUGACAGGGGCCCAUCACUCAGCACCGUGAGUGGUGACAGCCAAGAGCCUGCUCUGCUCUCUGCUCUCAGGAGGUGAGCCCACGCCUCCCGGAUGGUGGACACCCGGGUGUUACAUGUCAGGGGCCUGAGGGUCACUGGAAUGCGGCUGGAAUCUGGGGCCCUGUCCUCCCCGAGCCCAGGCAGGGGCUGCCAAGUUUGGGUCUGUCCUCUCCUCCUCUCCUUAUUUGGUGCUGCAGGUGAUAAGGCUGAGACAUAAGGGAGGCUGCGGGCCCCUCGGCCACCAGGCUGCCACUGAGAGAGGAUGGUGAGGGCCAGGGUGGGGCAAGGGCAGUGGCCCCCUGGGGCUGUCCUUGGGGUGGGAGAGCAGGGCAGCGGCUUCUGUGCCUCCAGGGGUGGGGAGAGGACCCUGACCCCAGCUCUCCUGGGAAGGCUCUGGGGUGUGCAUGGGGCAUCUUGGGGGAGCCCUGGAGAGGACCCCUCCCCACCCACAAUGUUGCAGGCCAGCAGGAAGGCGGGGACCCGGGGCAAGGCCGCGGCCACCAAGCAGGCCCAACGGGGCUCUUCCAACGUCUUUUCUAUGUUCGAGCAGGCCCAGAUCCAGGAGUUCAAGGAGGCCUUCAGCUGCAUUGACCAGAACCGUGACGGCAUCAUCUGCAAGUCGGACCUUCGGGAGACCUAUUCCCAGCUGGGGAAGGUGAGUGUCCCGGAUGAGGAGCUGGAUGCCAUGCUGCAGGAGGGGAAGGGCCCCAUCAACUUCACCGUCUUCCUCACGCUCUUCGGAGAGAAGCUCAAUGGAACAGACCCCGAGGAAGCCAUCCUGAGCGCCUUCCGAAUGUUCGACCCCAGUGGCAAGGGCGUGGUGAACAAGGACGAGUUCAAGCAGCUGCUCCUGACCCAGGCAGACAAGUUCUCUCAGGCCGAGGUGGAGCAGAUGUUCGCCCUGACGCCCGUGGACCUGGCUGGGGACAUCGACUACAAGUCCCUGUGCUACAUCAUCACCCACGGGGACGAGAAAGAGGAGUGACGGAGGCUGCAGGGAGACUCGGGGCCACGCUCUGGCACCUCAAUAAAC